AUGGCGAGUGACCAUGAGUUCACAAAUGAAACGUCGAAGGGCCAGCCGCUUGACAUGGUCGUCUUGGGGAUGAACAGUGGCACGUCAAUGCACGACAGGACUUCUGCGUCAGAGCUUUCGGAAGUCAACGUUCUCUUGGGAGAAGUGUUCGCAGUGGCCGUAAAGCAGUUCUGCGAAGACAACAAGAUCGACCUCAAGUCUAUCGACGCGAUCGGAUCCCACGGGCAGACUAUUUGGCUUGCUUCGAUGCCGGAACAAGGGGUUCCAAAGUCUGCCCUUACCAUGGCCGAGGGCACUAUCAUCGCCUCACGCACGGGUAUUACCACUGUGACUGACUUCCGCGUAUCGGAUCAGUCUGCUGGGCGUCAGGGCGCCCCCCUCAUCGCCUUCUUUGAUGCGCUGCUGCUGCAUCAUCCCGGCAAGCUUCGCGCGUGCCAGAACAUUGGCGGCAUUGCGAACGUAUGUUUCAUUCCACCAGACGGACCCGAUCAUGCAUAUGACUUUGAUACUGGCCCCGGAAACGCCCUCAUCGAUGCGGUUGUGAGGCACUACAAUGACGGAGCCAUGGAGUAUGACAAGGAUGGGGCGAUGGGCAAGCGUGGGACUGUCUGCCAAGAGCUUGUGGACAAGUUCAUCAGAGAUAUUCCGUACUUUUCGUGGGACCCGCCGAAGACUACCGGUCGCGAGGUUUUCCGCGACACCCUGGCAGACGAUCUCAUCCGCGAUGGAGAGGCCCGCGGCCUGUCUGCAGACGAUGUCGUGGCCACAGUUACCAGGAUCACGUCCCACGCAAUUGUUGACCAUUGGCACCGAUAUGGCCCUGAAGGGAAGCAGGUUGAUGAAGUUUUCAUGUGUGGUGGAGGGGCUCAUAACCCCAACAUCACAGAUUACAUGAAGGAGAAGCUGCCUGGCGUCAAGAUGUUCAUGCUUGACGAUGCUGGUAUACCGGGCGGUGCAAAGGAAGCUGUCACUUUUGCUUGGCAGGGGAUGGAGGCUUUGGUUGGUAGGAGUACACCAGUUCCAGACCGAGUGGAGACAAGAAGGCCAUAUGUUCUCGGUAAGGUGAGCCCCGGGGAUAAUUAUCGGAUAGUUAUGAGCAAAGGAAUGAAGUUCGGAGAGGGUAGGGAAUUACUGGGCUGGGUGACAGAGAUGACGAAUUACGUGGACGGAAAGGUUUUCGACAACAAGUGGUGA